GUUUUCGUGGCCAAUCCGAACAAACCUCAAUCUGUGCAUAUGAUUCUGUUCCGCAACCAAGAGAAACUAAUCAGUUUUCUAAGUAAAUUCCAAAACGAACGUACGGACGAUGGCCAGUUCACUCAUGAAAAGGAAUAUCUGAUCAAACAGAUCCGGGACCUCAAAGCCCUACCGAAUUCCUCUUCCAAUCCGGCUUUGACUCAAGUCGCUUCAGCCCGACCACCNAUAUCGUUCAUUCCUACGCAUGUGAUCGCUUCAUCGGCCUGCUUCUGCUGUUGCACACGUCUGUUGGGCACCUCGUUCACCGGCUCGUUCAUUCAUUCAUCCUUUGGCGGACUGAUGAUUGAUCUUGAACGCGACAUGUUCUAA